AUGAGAUCUGCUCUUCUCUCUGUGGCCCUGGCGGCCUUCGCUCCUCUGGCUCUCGCCGCCGAUGCCGUCAAGGGAUCUGCCGAGGGCUUUGCCAAGGGCACCACCGGUGGUGGCUCCGCCGCCCCCGUCUACCCUUCGACCACCGCCCAGCUGGUUUCUUACCUGACCGACUCCUCGGCGAGAACCAUCGUUCUCACCAAGACCUUUGACUUCCGUGGCACCGAGGGAACCACCUCCGGAACCGGCUGCGCCCCUUGGGGAACUGGCUCUGCUUGCCAGACCGCCAUCAACAAGGACAACUGGUGCACCAACUACCAGCCCAAUGCCCCCAAGACCAGCGUCAAGUACGACAACGCUGGCCUCAACCCCAUCAAGGUUGCCUCCAACAAGUCCCUCAUCGGUCAGGGCAGCAAGGGUGUCAUCAUCGGAAAGGGUCUCCGCAUCACCGGCGGCGCCAAGAACAUCAUCAUCCAGAACAUCAAGAUUGAGAACCUGAACCCCCAGUACGUCUGGGGUGGUGAUGCCAUCACCCUCGACGGCAGCGACCUCGUCUGGAUUGACCACGUUACUACCUCCAAGAUUGGCCGCCAGCACAUUGUCCUCGGCAACGGAGCCUCCAACCGCGUUACCAUCUCCAACAGCGAGAUUGACGGUUCUUCUACGUGGUCUGCCACCUGCGACGGCCACCACUACUGGGCUCUCUACUUCACCGGCAGCAGCGACAUGGUCACCUUGAAGGGUAACUACAUCCACCACACCUCCGGCAGAGCCCCCAAGGUUGCUGGAAACACCCUCCUCCACGCUGUCAACAACUACUGGUACAGCAACACCGGCCACGCGUUCGAGGCCGACUCCGGCUCCAAGAUCGUCGCCGAGGGCAACGUCUUCCAGAACGUCAAGGCCGCCUACCAGACCGGCCUCGCCGGCAAGGUCUUCGCUUCCCCUGACACCAACACCAACGCCAAGUGCUCCUCUGGCCUCGGCCACGUCUGCCAGCUCAACGCCUUCGGCUCCAGCGGCUCGCUCGCCGGCAGCGACACUUCCAUCCUCUCCAGCUUCUCCGGCAAGAACGUCGCCUCCGCCGGCACUGCCAACGACGCCAAGUCCGCCACCACCAGUGCCGGAUUCGGCAAGAUCUAA